UGUUUUUGUGUGGGACUGGAUGGGAGGGAGCAGCAGCCUCAGUACCAGGCACAGCUCUGCUCUCCCUCACUGCUGCUGACUGGAGCUGGAUAGACUCACCGAGGAGGAGGCUGCCACCACCACCACCGUCACCACCGUCACCGCUGCUGCUGCCGCCGCCUUUGUCGCACAGGGGACGCUUCCCGAGCCGCGAGGAUAUUCUUCCCUUUUCCAUCAUUUUUUCCUUUUUCGAGAAGGCACACGGAUUUCGGAGUGGGGAAUUAGCAGAGACGGCCGCACCGAUGUACCCACGACACGAGGGCAGCGGGCUGCUUGUGCUGGCGGUCUUAGCCGGACUGCAGAUUGCAGCGGAGGGCAGGGGCACCACACCAUGCAGCCCUGGCUUCUCUGAAGAUGUAUACAAGGUUGUGGUGCCAGAUAUCACAGAGAAAGGACAGCCCCUUUUCAACGUGAGGUUUCUUGACUGUGGCCGAAGUGGUCUGGUGCGCUUUGAAUGCAGUAACCCCUCCGACUUCCGGAUAGAGGCUGACGGAGUCGUUUAUGCUGCCAGGAGUCUUCAGCACUCUACGCUCCCUGCAUCACCACUGCUGAUCAAGGCCAGCAACUCCGCCACGCAGGAGCAAUGGGUGACCCAAGCCAGACUGACACCCUCCGCUGAAUCCAGCCAGCAGGUCCAGGAAGUUGCUGUCCCUCCAGUCAUGUCCAAGGAUCCGAAGGAAAUAGUAUUUCCAUCACGAAACACGGACAGCCAACUCAAACGCAUGAAGAGAGACUGGGUCAUCCCCCCAAUCAAUGUCCCAGAGAACUCACGAGGGCCUUUUCCGCAAGAGCUUGUCCGGAUUCGGUCGGACCAUGACAAAAACCGCUCCCUCAGAUACAGUGUGACAGGCCCCGGAGCCGACCAGCCCCCAACCGGCAUCUUCAUCAUCGACCCCAUCUCUGGAGAGCUGUCAGUCAACAAGCCCCUGGAUCGAGAACACAUCUCCAAUUUCCACCUGAGAGCUCAUGCAGUGGACCUGAAUGGCAACCAGGUAGAAAACCCUAUCGACAUUGUGAUCAAUGUGAUCGACAUGAACGACAACAGACCCGAGUUCACCCAUCAGAUCUGGAACGGCAGUGUUCCAGAGGGUUCCAAGCCAGGAACAUUUGUUAUGACAGUAACAUCUGUCGACAAAGACGACCCCAAAACCGCUAAUGGGAUGCUACGCUACAAGAUCCUGUCUCAGAAUCCAGAGAGUCCGACCUCCAAUAUGUUCACCAUCAACAACAAAACAGGAGGCAUCAUUACGGUGGCGGCAGGCCUGGACAGAGAGAAAGUGCCCCAGUACACACUCAUCAUCCAGGCCACUGACAUGGAGGGCAACCCCAUGUACGGCCUCUCCAACACAGCCACGGCUGUCAUCAGAGUCACUGACAUUAACGACAACCCACCAGAGUUUACUGCUGAGACGUUUUUCGGCGAGGUGCCUGAAAACCGUGUGAAUGUCAUUGUGGCCAACCUGACGGUGACUGACAAGGACCAGCCCAACACACAGGCCUGGAAUGCUGUCUACAAAAUCACCGGGGGCGACCCCACUGGCAGGUUCUCUGUGCCCACUGAUCCAACCACUAACGAGGGCCUGGUGACGGUCGUCAAGAAUGGCACUCAAUACUCCAAGCUCUCAGAUCCAGCCAACUGGUUAAGGAUUGACCCCAACACCGGCCGUAUUACAACAAUUGCCAUUUUGGAUCGAGAGUCGCCCUUUGUGAAGAACAGUUUGUACAAUGCAACGUUCCUGGCCACUGACAAUGGUGUCCCUUCAGCAAGUGGCACAGGCACUCUCCAGAUCUACCUGAUGGAUAUCAACGACAACGCUCCCAAGGUGUUCCCUCAGGAGGCGGAGAUAUGCGAAAAGCCAGAGCCAAAUGCCAUCAACAUCACCGCCCUCGACGGAGACCUUAACCCGAAUGCGGGGCCGUUCGCCUUUGAGUUAGCCCACAGGCCCUCUGACGUCCGGAGAAACUGGACCAUCACAAGAGUCAGCGGUGACUACGCUCAGGUGAGCCUGAAGAUCGGCUUCCUUGAAAGUGGCAUCUACGAGAUCCCCAUCAUCAUCACAGACUCAGGCAACCUGCCCAUGUCCAACACCUCCUACCUGCGGAUCAAAGUGUGCCAGUGUGACAUCAAUGGCGACUGCACCGACCAGCAGCACAUCAUGGCUGCCGGCCUGGGCACAGGCGCCAUCAUAUCCAUCCUCCUCUGUAUCAUCAUCCUCCUCAUUCUCGUGCUGCUGUUCGUUGUGUGGAUGAAACGCCGUGACAAAGAGCGUCAGGCCAAGCAGCUGCUCAUUGAUCCCGAGGACGAUGUGAGAGACAACAUUCUCAAGUAUGAUGAGGAAGGUGGAGGAGAGGAGGAUCAGGAUUAUGAUCUCAGUCAGCUCCAGCAGCCGGACACGAUAGAGCCUGAUGCCAUCAAGCCGGUGGGAAUCCGCCGUCUAGACGAGAGACCCCUCCACCCCGAGCCACAGUAUCCCAUGAGGUCAGCAGCACCCCACCCUGGAGACAUCGGAGACUUCAUCAAUGAGGGACUCAAGGCAGCAGACAACGACCCCACCGCUCCUCCCUACGACUCCCUGCUAGUGUUCGACUACGAGGGCAGUGGCUCCACGGCCGGCUCCCUAAGUUCCCUCAACUCCUCCAGCAGCGGGGGCGACCAGGACUACGAUUACCUCAACGACUGGGGCCCUCGCUUCAGAAAACUGGCAGACAUGUAUGGUGGAAGUGAUGACUAAGGACAUGCAGCCGCUCCUUGAAGGAUGAAAAGAUGAAAAAAAAAAUUAAGAGAAGGAAUGAUUUCCUGUUGAUGGACAUCUACAGCUUCUGAUAUUCCCCCGAGAGAGUGACGGAACUAUGACAGAAACGAAACAAAAAAAUAAAAAAUAAACAAUGAUUCAGAAAAAAAUUUCAAAAUCUACCAACCUAGGCUUAUUGUUGUAGUCUACGCAUACAUAUGCUUGUUGAAAGCUUAGGCAUAGGCUGUGGUCCCGUGACGGAGGAUGUGGUCGGGAGCACAGAUGGACUGUCACCACUCGGAUUGUUGGUAUUGAAUGCGCUCAGUUACACUUGAAUUUCACAGUACAGAAGCACUGGGAUAUAAUGUGCCUUUUUGUACAUUUUUUUUGGAUCUAAAUGAUUAGUUUUAUGUUCAAGGCUUUAAUGGUACUGACUUUUGGAGUGAUUUCAAACGUAUGUUACACUCUGGUAUGCUUCUACAUGCUUUUUUCCUUUGGUUACACAAUGCUCCUGCUUGUUGACGAUUAUUUAAAUAGACUGCAAAGAAAAUGAAGGAUCAUCGGUAAGGUUGGACGGAGAGAAAAACAAUUAAGAGCAGCACUGUACAGAAUGCUAGACUUCUUGACUUUUUCACUAAAAAUUAAAGUUAUGCAGCUGGUUGCAAAUAAAGGGAGUUAUGAAUAAUACUUUUGUAGCAGGUUUUUUUUCUCCUUUUUUUGAGGUGAUGUAGUAUUUUACAAAAACAACAAAAAAAACAGUUCUGGUCUAAUCUAUGUACACUUCAUUUGCCUUAGUCAUCAUCUGAUAUUUUCAAGUUUUACUUCACUGUAAAAAGUUGUGUGUACAUAAUGUUUUUUUUUUCUUUAUCUCCUAUUUUCUUUUUGAUGUAGUAUAUGAAGAAGUGCAAAAAGUUCCAAACUUGUAAAUGUAUAAUUUGGACUACAAAUUCAAAGUUUUUUGCAUGUUUUUAUCAAGAAAAAUGAAAAAUGUUGUUUCCCAAAUUUAUUUACAAAGCGAAAAAAAAUAAAAAAUCUGGGUGACAUUAAAUGUGUAGAAGUUAAGAGAGUUUUUUUGUAUAAAACAUGGAAAAAACACUGAUAAAAAUGGAAAAGUAGUGAUCUUGUCAGCACAACUGUUGAAUUUGUACCAAAAAGGGGGUGUGGGGGGGUGGGAUGACAUGCUAGACAUUAAUUAAUGAAUCAGCUUUAAGACUGGAAAAGGUUUUGGACUUCAGCCUUGUGGAUAACAUGUGUACUGGAAAAACAAAUUAUACAUCUCUGACCCCAACCAUCCAAUAAAAUGCUAACUUUGGAGCUAAAA